GCCCCCCCGGUGUGCCUGUUUGAAAGUUGCCGCGCCAGAGAGAGAGAGAGAGAGAGAGAGAGAGAGCAGCGGGCAUGGAAGGAGGGGAGGAGGUGUUAGUAACACCUGGAGAGAUAUUGGGGAAGGAAUCUGAUAUAAAAGCGGGUAGGGGUGCGUACGUCGCCCCCCACAACCGUACCAUCUACGCCUCCCUUUCCGGACGCCGCAUCUUCAUCCAUCCCUCACCCCAUUCCCCUGACCAGAGACCGAUCGUGGAAGUUGUCGGCCACAAGGCCCAUGGUGCCGUCCCAGAACCUGGCUCCGUUGUCAUUGCUCGAGUAACUAAAGUUAUGGCUAGAGCAGCUUCAGCUGAUAUAAUGUGCGUCGGGCCCAAGUCUGUGAGAGAGAAGUUUACAGGCACAAUUAGGCAACAAGAUGUUCGUGCUACAGAAAUUGAUAAAGUGGAUAUGCACUUGUCUUUUCGCCCUGGAGACAUUGUUAGAGCUGUAGUUCUCUCUCUUGGGGAUGCACGGGCAUAUUACCUUACCACUGCGAGGAAUGAACUGGGCGUUGUAUCUGCAGAAAGUAUAGCAGGUGGAAACAUGGUUCCAAUCAGUUGGACGGAGAUGCAAUGCCCAUUGACGGGCCAAGUCGAACAACGAAAGGUUGCAAAAGCGUGUUAGUAUCUUGUGUCUGCCGAGGGAUGGAGAGCUCCUCCCUGAAGGACACCAUGAUUUCACUCAUGUUGUAAGCAACUCUGAUGCCUCUUGUUUCCUAACAUAUUGUUUAUGUCUGAACUUCAUCAUUUCUUAGAGAAAUAAAAAAGGCUAGUAGAAUUGUAA